AUGGAAACACCAGUCGAAGACAUCCCAAAAGGCUGGACCAACGACCCCGCGCUCUUCGAAGGGUUUUUCGUCUACGACUCUGCAGAGGCCCAGCGGGCCCGACGCCAUGGGAUAAAGGAUCCCAAACCUCUGUUGAUGACGACCCCCGAUACUGGGGAUAUGGGAUACAUAAUCACAUCGGAGGGCCGUUUUUACUGGGGUGAUCUGAUGAUUGAUCACAUCGCCGAGAUCACCAGGCCCAGGACCUGGCCGGAGAUUCUGCGCGUUCUUGCCACGAAGGGGGACAAGGGUCUGAGGAAGAAGUUGGUUCGGCCGGUGGUUGUGGAUGAGGAGCCCUGGGAGGAGGAAAUGGUUGCUGAAGGGCAAGCCCCGUCCGUUCCUUCCAGUACAGACGUUCCUUCCACUUCGGAGAAGUGA